GUGACCCUCUGAAUACCUCAGUGCCUCGUCCGCUUCUGUCUCUCUCAUUCGCUCCCCUCGAAGCGAGUCACACGGACCGGACCUCAGAGCGGUUCUGAUCCAAUCUGAGGUUCUGGUUCCUGAUCGGUGUUGGGUUUAGAUUUGAUGGUUCUGGAUCUUACUGCACAUUUCUGCUUCUUCUUGAUGCUUGGACAGAACACUCAGUUUCAGAACCGGUUCAGUUCAAGUUGGGCAAGCUGUCUGCUGAGUUCUGGUUCAGGUCUCAGAAUCUGAAGUAGCCUCAUUCGGACCUUCCACCGAUCGAUGAUUCAUUUUGGCUCCUUGGGUUCCAAUUGUUCAAAAGGAACCGUUAGAACCUCGGGGGCUCGGUGAACACCUCAGGGUUCCUCUGGUUCUGUUUGCUUCUCUCUGAGCCUUUGUGGGACUUGUUGGUGUGGACCCGUUGGUUUGGACCCGUUGGUUUUGCCCCUUUGGUUUGGACUUGUUGGUUUGGACCCGUUGGUUUGGACUCGUUUGUUUUACCUGUUGGUUUGGACCCGUUGGUUUGGACCCGUUGGUUUUACCUGUUGGUUUGGACCCGUUGGUUUGGAACAGUUGUCUUGGACUCGUUGGUUUGGACCUGGAUCAAUGAGAUGUUCUGGAAGAACGCGGCUUGGUCUUGGUUUGGUACUGGAAGUGAUGAUGAUGAUAAUGAUGAUGAUGAUGGAGGAUUCCUGCUGGCAGCUGACCUCAGACGGACUCUGGACUCGGCUCUGGACGGCGACCUGAACCACCCCAGAGGCACGGCCAGCACCACCUGGUCCGUCAGAACCACGACCGGCUCAGGUGGACCCAGAGUGUCGACCUGCCACGGCGUGGCGUCCAGCGGGCUCAGCGGCCUGGACUCGGACUACGGCGACGUCGGCAGCUCCGAGUCUUCGGUUCUCUGCGGGUCUCGUUGCCUGGCGGUCAGCGUUCUCCGGGGGUCGGACGGGUUUGGGUUCACCAUCUUCUCUGAUCAUCCCGUCAGAGUCCAGGCCGUGGAUCCGGGCGGUCCAGCUCAGCGGUCCGGACUCCGUCAGGGAGACUCGGUCCUCCAGCUCAACGGACUUCCUGUGGAAACCUGGACCUGUGCCGACCUGGCCCAGGCCAUCAGGAGCUGUCCGUCUCAGGUCAUCCUGGCAGUCUGGAGAGGUCUACCUGAACUGGGCUCGGCGUGCGAGACGUGGCUCCGCCCACAGCUUUACAAUCCGGUAACGAGCAACGAGUUUGUGUCUACGUAUACGUGUCGUCUCUAUCGGACCCAUCCUAGCGGAGGUCAGAAUCUCCUCCAUACUCGGACCGGGAUGUCUCAGCCAGUCAGCGCUGGCCACACCUCCACCCUGCCCGUCUCACAAUCCAGAACCACGGCGUUGGGUCCACCUGGUAACCAUGGAAACUACCAGAACUGCACCAUCGUUCAGUCCCAUCAGCCGCCGUCCGGAUACAGAGACACAUCACUUCCGCCAAAAACUGUCAUCUUCCCCUUCUUUGUCCAGCCUCUGGACCUCUGCAGCCCGGUCAGAACCCUGCGCAUGUCCGAGGAGAUGAUUCUGCACCAGGCCGACCUGCUUCCUUACAAGGUCUCCGUCCUGAUCUUCUCCGACCUGCUGCUUCUUGCCAGAGAGGACGACGGUGGUCGCUGCACCGUCCUGCGCCGCCCGCUGUACCUGAAUGCGCUCCGGCUCAGAGAAGUUCCGUGGGAACCGCUCCGGCUCCACCUCCUGCAGAGGUCCGCCGGCUGCUGGCGCCGCGUCUUCAGCCUGGAGGCCUUCGACGCCGAGCAGAAGGUCCGGGUCGGCCUCUGUCUCCGGGACGACCGGCGGCGCUGCCUGGUCGCCAUGGAGACCACGCUCCCCUGGCAGCUGUCAGACUUCGGCCUCCUCUGUCGUCCAUCUUCUCCUUUCUCCUCCCGCUGCUCCCCCGUGUUUCCAGGUGGCCCCGCCCACUCGACCCCGUCUGACCCCCCAUCAGAGCGGCAGCAGGGGGAGGGGCAGAGUUCCUCUGAGGUGUCGGAUCCUGGGGGUUUGAGGCUCCGCCCCCCCACCAGCCAGGAGGAAGAGGAGGAGGAAGAGCGCGGCUGCAGGCGUCCGGUUCUGCGCCGCUCGUUCUCUGAGGGUUCCUUGCUACAGGAAGCUCGAUUGCCUCACUUCCUGUCUGACAGCACCAUCCACCAUCUUAGACCUACAUCGACCUUUGACCCAAGCUUCCCCCUUCCCUCCCGCCUGCCCCAGCUGACCAAGGAAGGAGCAUCUCUGCACCACAUGCUGCUGCUGCUCAAUGGAGCCAAGGAAGGAAAAUCCAGCAACUUCAGGCUGAAGGCGAAGAGAACCAAAAGUUUACCAUCUGAAGGAGAGGUUAUGCGAUGGGCAUACAGUCUGGAAGCUCUGCUGACCAAUCAGUAUGGCGUGGCGGUGUUUCGUGACUUUCUGAGGUCAGAGUUCAGUGAGGAAAACCUGGACUUCUGGUUGGCAGUGGAGAAAUUUAAAAGGACACCCUCCCUCAGUAAGAUGGCCACCCAAGCUAGGAGGAUCUAUGACCAGUUCCUAUCUCCAUGUGCUGCGAGAAAGGUCAAUGCGGACUCCACCAAUCACAGCCUCAGUUUGGGUGUUAACCCCGCCUCCUUCCAGCGGGCGCAGGAUCAGAUCUUCAGCCUGAUGGAGGCAGACAGUUACCCACGAUUCCUCAAGUCCCACCUCUACGCCCAGCUGGCCAAUCACAACACAGGCACGGCAGUGGAGCUGUCCAAUCAGACUAAUCAGUCUGUGAUUGACUAGCCAGAUGCAUCAUGGGACCUGUAGUUCAUAGAUUCUGAUUAAUACUAAAUAUUUUAGUGUGCCUUCUCUCACAAAACAUUGCACGUUUUUAUCAAAAAUUUAUAAAACUUUAGUUUUAAUCUCCUUCCUUUCUGUCACUGAUCAGGGGCCUCAUGUUUUGUUUUGUUUUUAUUUAACACUGAACAACAAUAAAAAAAAAGUAAAAUAAAAAUAUAAAUAAACAAAUUUGUCAGACAUCAAACAGAGAGAAAGCAGAACGAAAAAAACAAACAGAAAAAGAAAAAGAGGUUUUAGUUCUCAAAUAAAUUCCGGUUGUUAUAGAACUGUAUUUAUUCCUGCUUGUUUUUCAUCAGUUUUAGGUUCUGCAGUGAUUUUUGUCCAUUAAAAGGUUUUUAAAAGCUGAAAAGUCAGGAUUUCUAUUUCCCCAUUUACAGGAGUGGAUGGAGAAUCUGGUGAGGAUCAGCAGGUUGUGAGGAAUGAGGUUCUUCUGUCUCUGUGGGUCCAAAUAUUAGAUCCUCUCUUUUUAAGGGAUGAUGGAGGAAAGUUUGGAUGAGAUCCAGUCCUGAAAGUUCCUCCAAAAUGUUCCAGUUUGCACACAAUAGAAAAAGAGACGAUCUGUUGUUUCAGUCGUUGUCACAAAAGGUCCAGCUGUUGGUAUCAAAGUUGAAUCUUUGUCUUAAUAAUUCCCUGGAUGGAAAAAAGUUAUUGAGAAUUUUAAAAUGAACUUCUUUAGCUUUAGGACUUAGAGGAGAUUUAAGGUCAGCGGUUCUCCACUUAUUAACCUCUGAAUCAGAAAACAAAUUUAAAAUGGAGUUUUUAUUUGGUCGGACAGGAAAUGUAAAGUUAGUUAGAUGCUGACGCAUCGGUUUGUAAGGAUUACUUUUGUCCAAAAGGGUUAUGAUCUGUGUUUUUUUCUGUGUUGAUUUGAGUUCUUCUGUGUAUUUAUUUUGGGUUUCUGUCUCUGA